AUUCAAAUUCGUUCCCGGAGAAGAGUUCAGAAGCUCCAAACAACCAAUUUUCAAUUUUCAAUUGUCUCUGAAGAGAAAGGGGAUAGGGUUUUGCAGAGUGAUGGCAGAACCUUCAAGAAACAUGGAGGUGGAGAGGCUGAUCUCUUACACCGACGACCUCGUCAAGGUAUUGGUGGAACCGCGCGACCUCAACAACCUCUCAUAUUGUCACCAACAAAACCUCUCCCUCUCUUCCUCUUCCCAUUCUCACCAUCACGACGUUCGCUCCUCCCUCCAAGAUUGUGAGAAAAAAGUAGAUGCUUGCAAGCAGAAAAUAGAGGAAGCUAGAUCUGAGACUGUUACUGACGCGGAACUGGACCUUCUGCAGAGAGAACUGGAGGAAGACCUUGAAAAAGAACGUUUGUUGAAAGAAGAGUUUAGAGCCAUCGGGGAAGAGUUUAAUGAUCUAGAACAGCAGUGGAUUUCUGUCCAAGAGCAAAAGAAGACCUUGAAGAAAAUAGAGAAGACUAAGCUAAGGGCACAGAUGAUACUGUCAAUGUAUGCUUCAGUGACAAAUAUUGUUCCUGACUUGGGUGAACAGUCCAAAAUCUCAGGCUAUAUUGUGGAUAAGGAUAAAGACGCAGUUGAAAAGUUUGACUAUGAUACCUCUAAGAUGACUGAUUUUGAUAUAUGUAAUGGUGUUUGGAAAAUAAUUAGUGAGUGAUACAUGUCAACCACAUAGGCUGAUACUAGCAACGAUGUAUUAUUUUCUCAAUUUUGAGUGGAAUCUUAGCAGUCCUACAAUUCACUCAUUGGUGUAAGACUUCUGUCUUAAUUUAUUAUGAAUGAAAAUCUUGCAAUGUGGAUAUUAACUA